GGACGGCGUCCGAAUAAUUCAGUCGUUUUCGUCAUUCGCUAGCGCGCGGACGCACCGGAGACGCGUGAGUUUUAGUUGGCAUUGCGGAUUAGAUCAGUGUUUUGCUGCUGCUGCUGCUGCUGCUGCUGCUUCUGUUACUGGUGCUUCUGUCCGGGUGUGCAGUACACAGUGCGGUUCAGUGAACAGAGUAAGCAUUAGUGUGUGUUUUGUGCAUAGAUGAAGUAAAAAACAGCUCUUGCAACGGUAUUGCGAACAAAAUUGAAGCAAACGAACUGCGACCGGGACAGGCGUAAUGCCGACGACAGGAACGGGUUCGUCGUCUAUCGCCCGGUGACAUCGUUUGAAUGCGACCACGUUUUGCUUGCUACGAGCAAACAUCAACAGCAGCUACAACAACAAAAAGAGAGAUAAAAACAGAUAGAGUCGUAGAUAGUGAGUAAAUUAAAAUCAUAAUUACCACCCAUCCGUCCCGAUGUCUCAACGGUGAGAUUUGCCAGCGAAAGGUAAGCAGAGGAGCGCCAAGUUGGCAAUCUGGAAAUGUGAUCACCCAUAGGCCUAACGGGAAUUGGGCAGUUGUUAAGACCAUUUGCCGUGUGUCUUAGAGAACGCUGCGUGCCGCUUUUUGUUUCGUGCAGAUAUUGUGGGCCUAAUCGUAGAAAUCGUACCCAUCACGACCCCAUAACCGGACGCAAACGUCGUACAGUAAUAUCCGGAACACGCUCGCUCCGGCUACUGCACCGUACCUGACCUUGAUCCCGCGUACCGAGUCCAGGGUGGUCAGUGUGCGAAAGUGGUUUGACCGUGCGGAAAACAUAAACAAGGGCAGCUAGCAAAAAACAUUAAAAAAUUUCAAAAAUCUUUUCCCCCAACCGACCCGGUUUUUGGCAUAAAAGGUCACCCACCUCCAAAAAAAGAAAGACUUUCGUGGACAGUUUUCACGUGUGCGUGUGAGCAGUGCCGAAGCAAGAUUAAUGGGACUGGAACCGUUUUCAGGCACGCAGCAGGGGAGGAACCGUUUCGAAUUGCCGAAAGGAAGCAAUUAAAAGAGUCUUUUGUAGUAAGCCAAGGGCCCUACCAGCCCGUGUCCCGAAAGUUCGCGACUUUUGCGCGUGCCCGUACGACUAAGUUGUGAAAUCGCAAGGAAACCAGCAAAACAGAACUAUCUAAAAUAGCACAACAACACACAACGCCGAGCGGCGGCCGUCUAGCCUCCAGCACAGCCUCCUUGGGAUCCCACUGUGGGCAUCAACGGACAGGGAGAGGUUGUCUAUGUGAGCAGGUGUGUGCAGGUGGCCCGGGAGCGCAGUGCCUGCCGACUGGUUGAUCCAUUUUUGGCCUACCUCAUUAUCAUCAUCGAAGCGCAGCAGAAGAAUCGAGCACAAUUGGGCAAUGACGGAAAUGGAAAGGAAAGUGGCAGUCAUCGUCGGCUAUCAGCUGCGAUUGUUGCUGCUAGCGGUGACUUUCGCUACAGCCAUCCAGAUCGAUAAUCGGCUCGUACAGCCACAGCACGAUUGUUUCGAGCGGAUAGCGCUCGGUGCGAUGCUGCCGUUCGAGAAAACGUUCCGCAACUCGGACACCAACUCGCUGAAGAUCUGCGAAACGCUCUGCCUCAACGACAAGGAAUGUCAAACGUUCGCUUUCGGCAUUUCCGGCCGGGGCAAUGGUACGUGCCAGCUGUCGGCGAACACAAUUGACGCGACGAAAUCGCGCCCGGUCGGUACCAUCUUCGAUCCGGACUUUGAUCUGUACGCGCGCAAGUACAACUGUUUUUUAGAUGGACCCACCAACCCGCCGCCCAAACCAGGAGGCCUGGGUAUCUUCCCCAAUGGUGAACUCCAGCCCGGCGGUGGUCCGCAGCGACAGCCUCCACCACCACCAUCUGCACCACAACCACCGAGCGGUGGAGGUUUUCCUCCGCCAGGCAUCAUUGAACGUCCUGGUCCACCGGUGUUCGGUCCACCCGUAUCAUCCGCCGGCAUCGACGCCCCAACCACUGCGAACGGUGGGUUUGUAGACACCUCACGACCUACCAGCGAGUACGGUACAACCGCACCGGGUACGACCGGAUACGGCCAAACGAACGGUGAAACACUGCCCGAAACAACGGCACCGGCCGAAGAGUUCUACACCACGAAAGAUCACUCGAACCCGUCCAGCGGAGGUGGUGGUGGCAAUGGAGGUAACCCAUACCUUCCAACAAGUACAGCCGCCGGCCCACAGUACAGUCUGGUGACUGGGGAACGACUACCACCAACCCAGCCCGGUGCAACAAUGCCCGAUCGUGAAGGGGCCACCAAGUACCCGCCAGACUAUCGGCCCACGUACGGUGGUGGUAGUGGUCCCUCGAAACCCGCCAACUAUCCUUACCAAUUCCCAAUGCUGUACGAAACGCACUACCCACUGCCGAACGAUAAGAAUGGCUAUCCGGAGAUUUACGCCCAGAAUGUGCCAACGCUGGACAACAAUUAUUUGCGGCCAGAGUACGGUGGUACAAGCUUUGGGACGAGACCUUCGGCUCCGGCCGGAAGUACACCGCCGGCAGGACCGUCCGGUGGCUCUGGAUAUGGUGGAGUUGUGCAAAGGCCAAGCACUGGUGGAGGUGAUGCUGGUGGUAGUGAUUACAACAACAAUGGUGCUCACAAUCCUUCGGGCCAUCGUCCAUCGAAUGGCUAUGGAAAUGAUGGAGGGCAAAUACAUCGACCAUCCUCACCGGGAACUAGCGGGUACGGUGGGCAACCGGUACGACCCUCGGCACAAGGACCUAGUUCCGGCCCAUCGGGGUACGGUGUGGUACGUCCGGCUCCAGCCCCUCCAGUAGCUCAGUCUGGUCCAUCAGCAGGGGCAGGAUACAACGUGCACGAGGAUAAGCUCGAUCUACAUCCACUCACCAUUUCCAAACGCCCGUGCUAUCGUCGGGUGUUGGCCGGCAAACGGGUCGCCCCGCACUGGGUAAGGCGGACGCUGAUCUGCGAGCGAGUGGAGGACUGUCAGCGCGAAUGCGGUGACGAGAGGCGCUUCUCGUGCGAAGGCUUCAACUAUCGGCUGGAUCCUACCGGCCGUGGACAGGGCGAUUGUGAGCUGAUCGAUCAACCGCUUUCUCAGAUCGAUCUGUACUCCAGCCCGCAUCAGCGUGACUCCAACCUAAUUCGGGAUGCCGACUACGACUACUACGAGCGCGAUCGUAGUGCCAGCUCUAACUGUCGGCCGAGCUGUAAGGAUUGUAUGCUGAAACCGUUCCGACCGACGUUGGAGUUUGUACGACCCACGACGUACCGGCCGCAUCAUCCAGAAAGCUACAAACCCUACCCAUCCGAGCAUCAUGCGUACGAGGAGGACCACCGGUACAAACCGUCCGUCAUCACAGCGCUCGACAAGUACCGACCACCGAUGUACCCAAGCAGACCGGAGUUUGAGCGUUACAGUCCAUCUUCCAGUUACUAUCCUCCGCCACCACCGCUACCACCGCCAGCAUCAGCCCCGCUCGACUCCUACCGACCAGCCCCACCGCCCUACAAACCACCAUCGUACGGUGGCAGUGACAUCGAUCGCUACGGUACAUUAGAUCAUGGUUUCUUCAAACCGUACGAAACGCGCCCCGACUACCCGAGACCACUUCACCAUGAAGACAUCCGCCCGGCGCAUCGUCCACGCCAUCCGUACGAAGAUCGUGAUCCACCAGCAGGACACCCGGCACCACCAGGCCCACCAUCGCACGUAGCUACCGUGCAACAGUAUGGCAGCAAACCGAGCACCUUUAUACCGUACCUGAUCGGGCAGAACAUACACAAAAACGGUGGCAUUUACGGUGGCUCGUACGGGCCGUCGUUUAACGUCGACUCGUACAAAUCCAUCUCGGACUACUGGGGCCUACGGAAUGAAAUCAAACGCUACGACAGCCCAUCGUUCAACUACUUCGAGCUGCGCAACGAUCAUCACUUUGAUGACAAUAAUGUCUGGAGCUACGGUGGCAGCAAGUAUGGCUACGAGGAAGAUCAUCAUCUGCUGCAGCAUCCGUACGCGGUGGAGCAUCACCGACCGUCCGGCUUUGGUCCACAGCAGUGGAUACGCCGGCCCAGCCACGAAGAGUGUUCGGUAAAGUCGAGUGAAGGUUUCCGACUGCACAAGGGUGUGGUGAAGUACGCCCUCAACACACCGACCGUGAUCGAGUGCGAGCGGAUGUGCUACUCGGAGACGCGGUUCCGGUGUCACACGUUCAGCUACCGCUAUUCGGCAGUGUCGCGUGAAAACUGUCUGCUGUGUGAUCGGCCGUUCAAUUUGCUUGACUUUUACGCCGACCUGGAACCGGACCGGGACUAUGACAUCUACUCGAUGAGCGAUGAUGCGAAGACUUGCCAUCCCGAGCUGAACCAUCCCAGGCGGGACUAUAAUGCCCAGUGCUUUAUAAGGGUGAUAGAUUCGGCGCGAUUCUUCAAAUCGAUCGUGCGCGACUCGCUCACCGUUCGCUCGAUCGGUGAGUGUGAGCUGGAGUGCAUCAAGGCGGCCAAGUUUACGUGCCGUGCCUUUACGUACAGCUUCGGGCCGAACGCGGUCAAUGCGGUAAUUGACAAUUGUCAGCUUUCCGACUGGCCGGUGCGGGAUAUGGACAAGGACCGGCAUCUGGUGCCGGACGAAAGCUUCGACGUGUUCGAGCGGGCCAGCUAUGGGCAGGGUUGCGAGAUUCAGCCCAUCAUUGACGAUAAGCACAGCAAGAAGUUCUGCUACCUUGGGUAUGGAUCUCCGGCCAAGCUGCUUUCUUCCGCUAUUAAGAAGGUCACGUCGGUAAACACCGAGCUCGACUGCAAAAACGAGUGCGUCCGCUUGCGCGAGGCAACCCAUUUCAAGUGCCUCUCGUUCAGCUUUGGCGCCCAAGCGUCAACGUACAACUGCGAGAUGUCGGACCUGGACCAGAGCGAGCUGAAGCUGGGCGUGCACUAUGCGCACACGAACGAUCGGGACUUUUGGCUGUUCGCGUGGAACCCGUUCGACUACACGUGCCGGGACAAGAUAACGACGAUUAGCGGUGGCACUCGGGCGAAUCACGACCGCCGGAUAGACGUCCUGCGCGAACCGGGUGAUGGAAGUCGGCGCCAGUAUACCGUGUCGGGGAAACCCUGCCGCCUCGGUACCAAGUGCGAGCGAAACAAGAUCACAGGAUUUUACUCCUGCGAGAUCGAGGGUGGUGAGAUUGGUUCGUGGGAUUACUGCUGUAAGACCGAGCAUCCUUGCGGCUACUCGCAUGGGUUCGACUAUCCCUGGUGCUUCGUGGGUGAUGCCCCAGAUCAGUGGCGCAAGUGCAGCGAUAAGUACUUCCCCAAGAAACAGCACGAUACGCGUUAUCAAGACACGAAUAAAAAGGGUGAAAUCUAUCAGCCACCACCGAAGCCGGGAGGACUGAGACACCUGGACGGGGACGGGGUGACCGCACCGGCCGAACUGUGGCCCGUCACCUACCUGUACGAGAAGGGACCGCCGAACGCGACCGAGAUCAGCAACCACGUGAUCGACUGCAAGAAGGACAAGUGCUGAGAGUGCGCCCUGCAGGAAGACACACCCGCAAACAUACUCAUAACGAACGAACCUUCAACCCUGCCCCAUCCCCAUCCAUUCCCCUUUGGCCAAACCGUGUUCCAUGGGGCACCGCGAACGAGCGACUAAAGUGAAGUAGUACUUGGAAAGUAAUGGUAGCGUUAGGUUAUUAGGGUAAGAGCUGUCCAAAAGGGGGUCUGUCUGGUGAUGCUUGAAGGUAAGGCGACCCAUUUGCGACAGGCACAGGGAAGGACACAAAAACACACGGUACACGUUGCUGUACUGAGGAAGUUAGGAGUUAGAUCUUAGAAGCGUUAGCUAUUAAUCUUUUAGUGUACCGCCCGGUCAGACCCCGUUCGUCUAAAAGCUCUUUCUAUUUUGGAGCGAUACAAUCUUCGUCCAACAGCUAAUAUUCUUAUUGUGCUUCGAAUUGGAUUUUUUUUAAAGCAGCUUAUGUGAGGUACUAAAACGGAAACCGAAAAGAGCAGAUUCCAUUACAACCAGCUCCGUUGGGGCUGGGCUUGUGAUAGACGAACGGAGCGGACGCGGCAUUCGAUUGCAUUAAGCAUGCGUGGACAUUUUAACGUAUUUAUUGUAACGCGUAAAAGAAAAUGGUAGUUUUUAGUGGAUGAUCGUACAUUUCUUACAAUAAAUUUAGUCGACAGUUUCAAACAGCAAA